AACACCAAGUGAUAACUGACUGCUGAAACCUGCCUCGGAGAAGAGUUUAGACCAUGGGAAACUCAACACAUCCAUCAACACCACGAUUUGGAGUCGUGACUGCAGCUUAAUUUUCCCUGACUGCAGCUUAAUUUUGCCUUCUGUGAAGUCGACGCAGCAGACUAAGGAAAGCCCUUCCAACACCACUGGUGGGCGGCUGGACCCAUCUCUCUAUUCCUGUCUCUUCCUCUCUUGUCACUCUUUCUCUCUCAUACACACAUUUGCUCAUAGCCACACAUAGCACAGCCAUGGAAGACAAACGGAAGAAGCGGAGUCCUAAAGUGACGCUACCUCAGCCACCCCCUCCUCCCAUCAACCCCCGUAAACUCUCCGUCCUCCCAGCCAGCAAGAGUGCUACCUUCUCCUUGGGGCUGCCCCAGCCCCCCUCUCCCAAAAACAGGAGCAAGUUCAAGCGGUCCGUGGGGACAGUAGGCCAACAGUCCAAAGAGGUCCUCAGUGUUCCUGUGGUUCCACCAAAGAACCCCAGCAGGCCACAUAAGGAGAAGGCCAGAGCCCCCCAGCCUGCAGGACCCAGUAAAGUCACUCAGUCGUCUCCACUACAGCACUCAUUCCUAACGGAUGUGUCAGAUGUCAGAGAAAUGGAGGGAGGACUGCUGAAUCUGCUCAACGACUUUCACUCGGGAAAACUGCAGGCAUUUGGGAAAGUGUGCUCAUUUGAGCAGUUGGAGCACAUCAGGGAGAUGCAGGAGAAGCUGGCCCGCCUUCACUUCAGCCUGGACAGCCAUGUGGAGGAACUGUCUGAGGACCAGCGGAAGUGUGCCUCCGACCGCAACCUGGAACACCUGCUCUGCAACCUGGAAGAACUGAGCAGCUCAAUACAAAAACUACACCUGGCAGAAAACCAAGACCUUCCCAAGUCAUCUGGACCCUGAACAGCAAAGCUCAGAGUGUCAAAAACAUGCUCCAUCACUUCCAAAGCAAGGCGCAACAAUUGCCAUGACUACAUUUCAACUGCCAAAAGCUAGGUUGCCAAUGUAGUGAUAUGCAUUUAUUUCUUGAGUCUUUCAAGAGGAAAAAUCAGGCACUUGUAGCAGCAGAAGCACGGUGCAUGAAUUGACCAAUUCAGAGGUAAUGUGUUGGCUCUAUUGUGGUGGGAUGUGUUAGUAGUACAUUUGACAAAAGACACAAAUUGUAAAGCAGUUCAAAUCAUCUCGAAUCGAGACUCGGGUUGAAUGUUUACACUAUUUAUGGGAUGGACGCCAGGACUAAACUGCAGCCACUUAUCAGAGGCUUUCAGAAGCACAUACAAUUGAUUGUCAUGGUUUUAAGACCAUAUUGAUUGCAGGUAAUGGUGCUGUAAUCAUGUUUUGUAAGGCCACAGUUGUGCGUCAUAGGUAAAAAGUGCUGAUCUCUCUCUUUCUCUCUCUCUCUCACACACUCACACACACACGCACACGCUCCAUUCACUCCUCUCUCUCUCUCUCUGUCUGUCUCUGUUGAAAGGUUGUAAUUUCUUGAAUCCUUCUGCCUAUAAUGGUCAAGGAAUGACUUUUGACCAUCAUGAUAUAGAGCAAACCAGAUAGAAAAUGAUCGAACAUCAUUUAAAAAUCAACCUCUGAUUUUUAAAAAAAAAAAAAUUUAAAGAUGAAUUACGUUAUUAUAAAUGGCAAGUUGGCUUCAACCUAGGAAAUUCUGUUCCUUGAGUGCAAACGUGUUCUCAUCCUGAUUUCUUGUAGGGCACAUCUGCACAUACAGUAGUUGAUGAUUAGAUGUGUCCUUUAAACCCUUGAUUUGGGCAACAGAGACGAUCGGUAUCUGUGAGUAAAACAUUUUUGUAAAACACUUAUAUUAAUCAUUAAUGACCAAACUAUUUCUGUUAUACGUACAGAAUGGCAGCACAGCUGUUGAUGCGGGCUGUGUGCUGAAACCACAAGAGUUGAACACAUUUCUGCUGCAGAGACUAAAAUGGUGCCUAUAUUGUGUAAACCUUCAUGAGACCAGAAGCUAUGAGGAGCUGUAUCAUUCUAUCAUGUUCUAGAAUCAACAUGUUUCAUUAGUUGCCCCAAUUGCCCUGACAGCUUGUGUUGUGGUUAGUCACAAGGUUGGUUUCAGAAGAGAAGGGGCACAUUGAAAUGGAUGUGCAUCUGGAAACUUAGCCAAAGGGACUCUUGCUCUGAAAACAGUAAGCGCUAAUCGAUUCUAUUCUGGUGAAAAUACUGAAAGUGAAAAUGUAAAUGUAGAGAAGUGAAGAUGUUCCUUUUAAUGCUUUUAAAUGAUACCAGUGAUACUUGUUUUGAGGAGGUGUUAUGAUGCAUGAGAGACCCAUGUUUUCCUCAGUAGUUGUAUAUAUUUAUGACCUAAGAGGUGUAGGCUAACUAGGGCUUAAACCAGAAUUUCAGCAACUCUUCAGCAAUGCACAAGAACAUGUCCAAUUGAUGCUGUAGUGUAACCUGUUACACCCAAGACUAUGAAUCCCAAACAAUGUUCAUGGUCAAAAAUAAACAUGGACACACAAUGAACCUGCACAAAGUUUUGUAAGCAUGAAUGUGCAAAAUAAUGCGCACACAGCCAUACAACGUAUAAAAGCCAUGUUUUCUCUUAUCCAGAACCAAUUAUCUUUGAUAGGCCCAUCAAAUGUUUUUAACAUGAAGUGGUCAAUUGAAUAAAUGGAUUUCAAAGUUCAUUGCUUGGCAUGAGCCAUUGGCCUACACUUGAUUGCAAAAUCAAAGCUGAAAUAGUUUGUUGUUGUACAGAUUCUGUGGUGCAUUCUCGUGUGCUCACAGAUUUUGACCCUUUACUUGCUAGACAUUUGAUCUGCUGAGCCUACCUCAUCCUCUCCAGGAACACCUGUAAUAUGUACCAGUAGCCUAGCCACUGUAGGCUACUAAACUGUUUAUCAAUAUUCUGAAACCUUUCACGUCCAUUUAUUUAUACAAUAAAAUAUUGAUCCAGU